UGCCGGCAGCUCUGUAGUUCGCCUGCGACACGUGGAUAGUCAUCGUAUAUAUCAGUCGCCGCGUUCCUUCAGGGCGAGCAGCUGUUCUCUGGAACACUGCAAUGGGCUUUGGUAAUUUGCUUGUGCCUGACUCUUAAGUGAUGCCUCAUUAAAUGAGCCGUCCCUCGAUAGGAUGUCUGCGCAGGAGGAAACUCAAAGUAUUCUUCUGUCUGUCCUCUUUUGAUCUGAAGAACCUAAAUGUAGGAUAUGUGGGGAUCAUUCCAUGAUCUAAAGAGCCUAAAUGUAGAGGUCGUUUUAGUUCAGUACAAACCUAUCAAUUCUUCUGCUGGUGGAAACAUACUCUCCUCCUUUGGCUCUGUCAGAAGGUUAAACACCUUGUAUACACUUGUUUUUCCAUCUCUCUGUAGCUGAAGGAGAGAAAUAGUUUGCUGCAGUGCUUCAUCCCAUCCUGAAGUAGGUGUCCGAGACGUGUGAGAAUUCCCUUUGCAGCUGCCUUUCUCUGUCUAUGGCCUGAGACUGGAACCUGCCUGCACAGUGGGUUUAGUCUGCAGGUAAAACUGGAGGACAGCACAGACCAGGCACGGCCAAGAGGGACUUUCAUCUCUCCCAUUAAAGCAGUGUGUAGGGUCCAUCAGGUAAGCCAAUAUCCGUGUAAACAUCUGGUAAUAGCUUCACCUGGGGCUAUCAGGACAUCACCUUUGUGUUUGUUUGUCUGAGGCAAGUUCCCAUAGGGAUGACCAGAACAUUCCUACAAUGAGCAGAAACACACAAAACGUUGAAAACUGUUUGAAAAUGCCAAAACACUCAUGUUCAAUUUGUGAAACUCACACUUCUUGAGAAAAACCUCUCUUAGGGCAAAGAAGGCAGUUUUCCUCUUACGCAUGCACGUCCUACAUUCUUGAUCUGACAAGACUUGCAACCACAAGAGAGCACUCUUUCCUUUGAAGAUGUCUCAGCUUCCCCAGAAAGCUACAGAUAUGCCCUAUAAGUUUUGCAAACUGCUUGUGAGCUGAUUCAGUUAGACCACAGCAGCCGAAACAACAAAGCUUGCAGUUGUCUUCUGGAUUUCAUUGUGAAAAGCCUUUGGGUAGUUUUCAGAUGACAGAAGAUCCUUGGUUCCUGAAAGUGAGGAGUUCUGCCAAAACUUUGAAGAUCCCUGUAAACUUUGCAAAUUACCCAUCUUUUGGAGACAAUUAUAUCAAAUGAUAUCAUGGAUUACAAUACAUGAGAAGUGUUUAGAGCCUGGAAGAUUAUUUAUGUUUGGCAUUAACUAUUACGGUCAUAAUUUCAAGUGGAGAGAAAAGGAAUACACAGGAACCCUCUUAUUACCUUUUGAAAUAUGAAGAUCACAGGAAAAGAAGGGUUUAAAUUGUGGAGCGAUGGUCCUCAAAACCUGUCUGUACAUUAACUGGCACCCUACACCUAUAAACACAGCAAGGCUUUCCAGGCACAGUGUGGACCUCGUGAGUUCUUAGCCUUGCUUUGAGAUCUGACUAUUUUUACACCGCAGGAGGAAGCUGCAGUGGGGCAGGGUACCUAUACAAAUGUUGGAUUAAUACAUUGGAAGCCAAAUUCGGGAGCUAACACUCCACUGGUGAAGAAAAAAAGAAGCAUGGACAGCACUAAAGACGAUGAUAAACUGUUGAAGAGGAUUGCGUUUCCAGGAGCCGUGUCCCUGGCUAACAGCCCCAUGCACCCCCAUGGGUUACCCCUGAGAGAGCCCUUUGGGGUUCCCUUCCCCCUGGACCCAUCUUACUGGGAACAAGCCUAUAGUGGGCACACAGGUCGCAUCUCCUACAUCCCAUUUCCUGGCUACAUGGGUAUCUAUGACUAUUCCUUCGAGCCUGCCUUCAUUCGGAAGAGGAACGAGAGGGAGAGGCAGCGGGUGCGCUGCGUGAACGAGGGCUACACGCGCCUGAGGGAGCACCUGCCCAAGGAAUUCGCAGACAAGCGCCUCAGCAAAGUGGAGACCCUGAGAGCAGCAAUAAGCUACAUCAAACACCUGCAGAGCUUGCUGGACUGCCAUCCCUUGGGCUCUGCCAGUAAGGAAGCGCUCUGUGGCAAGGAGUGCCCAGGAACUCCCGGUCCGGCUUCCCCACGGGAGUGCAACAGCGAUGGAGAGUCCAAAACUUCUUCAGCCUCAUCCCCCUACAGUGAAUUUGAGGAGACAGGCAGCUAGGUCUCCUCUCUGGACACAGAAGGCUUCCAGUUUGGCUGAAAAACAAUUCUAAAUCCUGGGGAAUUUUCUACAGAUGAAAAUUAAUAUCGGGAAAAGGAAAAACAGAUGGGGAAGGCAAAAAAAAAAAAAGAGGUAUUUUCCAUCUGUCAAAGGACUUUAAAUAUUUGCUGUAUGAAACUUAAAUGUGAUUUUUAAACAGCUAUCUCUCAGGUUGCUUCAGCUGUGUUACUAAGCUUCCUUUGGACUGUUAAACUGGAGCAACAUGUGCAUUCUACUUUUCAUUCAGCUUUUAUUCUGUUCUAUUUUCUUUCACCUUUCACUCGAGACAGUAAAACCAGAUAAAUCCAUUUCAGGAAAUUCCCCUCCCCUUUCUCCUGCUUUGUCAAGUGGAUUUUACUGUCUGUUUUUCCUGACUGCUAACCUGAGAUACACUGCACUGCAAAUACUUGGACUGGGGAAGGUAAGAUUUAGAUUAAUUAUCUUUCCCUAAAUAUUUCAGAAAUCUCACAGAAAUAGUUCUAUUUAUGAAACAACAAUUUUUCAAAUAUAAACAGGGCUAUAUUUGGAAAUCAAUUUCUUUUAAAGUAUCUUCUAAAGUGAAAGAAACAGCUCAUACACUGGACACUGGCUAUUUGGUCAUUAUUCUAAGGAUAAUUUUCAGGAAGAUAAAGCUGGACACUCAUUCCAGUCAAUGCUAGGAAGAGGGAAACAGAGUUCUGUGAAACUGCAUCUUCAAAAGCAGAGCUUCACUCAAGAUACUGAAAAAAUGAAAGCCUUUUCCCUACUUUUCUGAAAUCUGAGUUCAUGGACAAAAUAGUCUUGAUUGUGUCUUUGGAAGGUCAGAAAUUAUAUGCCUAGAAAUAUAACCUGUAGCAGUUAGACACUGGUGUGUACAAAAAGGGAAACAUUGAAUAUAUUGGUUUACAACUGCAUGAAAAUGCAGGUAUUUCUCCUUUUGUUUAGAAUAUUGUAUUACUUUUUCAAAGGAUACAGCUUUUAAAAUUAAUACCUCAAAAACUAUGGAAUACCUUUAAUUUGGAUUGCAUCUACUUAAAAUGAGAAUUUCUCUCCAAUUUGUUUUAAAAUCUGCCUUUCUCCAAGGCUUAAAUCCCACUCUGAAUAUGAAGUAAACUUUACCCACCCACUUUCAACACACCUUUCAAACUUUUGCUUUUUUGGCCUUGUGUUGAUCAAAUUGUUUUGCAUCUUUUUGCCUUUCCUUCAUGUCAUGCUGACUGAACAAAUAUUCAUGUGUAAAUAAGAACAAAUUCUGAUCAAAUAUUUCAA